AUGAUCAAUUACAGCCUCCCAUCACUGUCCCCAAUGAAUGCUGGAGAGGAAUAUUACGGAACGGACAAUGGAACUGUUCUCUCUAACAAUAGCUUCACUAAUAAUAAUUCAGGAUUGACAUUAGGAGAGUAUAUGUAUCUAUAUAUUUGCUUUUUAAUCAGCAUUUUGGGACUUUGGUGGAAUGGGACUGUCAUCUGGCUGCUUGGCUUCUGCAUUAAGAGGACUCCUUCCACUACUUACAUCCUGAACCUCUCCAUAGCUGACUUUGGUUUACUCACAGUUAAUCUUAGUUCGUAUAUAUGGUCCCUGUUUGAAGUAUCUGUCCUCAAACACCUUCUAGUAUACAUUCUUAUUCUAAUGUUCCUGUUCUACAGCACAGGUCAAUUUCUGCUGACAGCCAUCAGCAUUGAUAGGUGUGUGGCUGUCCUUUUCCCACUUUGGCAUCGAUGCCACCGGCCACCAAAUAUGUCCACCGCUGUUUGUGCCUCAAUAUGGGGACUUUCUUCUAUUUUCCCUGCAAUUCACUUCACUCUCCUUCUGGCUGAUUUCAAUGUUUAUAACAUACUGGGCAUUCAUCUUAUUGUGAAUGGCUUCCUUUGCCUCCCACUCAUGACUAUCGCCACUCUGAUCCUUUUUAUCAGGGUCUGCUUUAAAUCACACCAGAGGAGGAGGGGGAAAGUUCUGGUUAUAGUCCUGCGUGCUCUCUUCUUCUUCAUCAUUUUUUCUUUUCCACUCAACGACGUUUUCAUCACUGUUUAUGUUCUUGAUUCAGAACCUCCUUCUUUCUUAGAAUAUGCCUUCAUACUUGCCUAUCUGGAUAGCUGCAUUAACCCUUUGAUUUAUUUCCUGGUUGGAAGACAGAAAAGAGGCAGGUGUAGGCAGAGCAUGAAAGCCACAUUCCAGAAUGUUUUCAAAGAGGAUGAAAACCCUGGAGAGGCAGGCGAGAUCUCUUUGGAAACUCAGUUAUGA